CCUUCCCUUCGAAAUUCUCUCUGGGGGUGUUAUCUUCCUUUCUAAUUUCUUUCCUAGAAAACCCUAAUUUAAGCCACUUUUUCCCAAAUUCCCGUCUCUUUUUCGUGAAAUCUUCACCAAUCUCGCCAAAAAUCUUCUUUCCUUGUGUUUCCUUGAUCGAUUGUGCGAGAAUUCUAUUGCAGGAUGAGCUUCCAAGACCUUGAAUCUGGCCGUCUGUUGCCCUUGCGGAGAGAUCUCGUCAACGGGAAGCAAGACCCUACGCAAGCCGUCGCUUCCGGCGUCUUCCAGAUCAACACCGCCGUCUCGACAUUCCAGCGCCUCGUCAACACGGUCGGAACGCCGAGAGAUACUCCCGAGUUGAGGGAGAAGCUGCACAAGACAAGGGUACAUAUUGGACAGUUGGUUAAAGAUACAUCAGCUAAACUUAAACAAGCCAGCGAAACAGAUCAUCAUACUGGAGUUAGCGCCAGCAAAAAGAUAGCUGAUGCAAAGCUUGCAAAAGAUUUCCAAGCAGUUCUAAAAGAGUUUCAGAAAGCUCAGCGGCUUGCUGCUGAGAGGGAGACAGCAUAUGCUCCUUUUGUUCCCCAAGCAGUUCUUCCUUCCAGCUAUACUGUGAGUGAGAUAGACAUACGUUCAGAAAAAACUACGGAAGAGCGUGCCCUUGUAGAAUCGAGAAGGCAGCAGGUCUUGCUACUGGAUAAUGAGAUUGUCUUCAAUGAGGCCAUCAUCGAGGAAAGAGAGCAAGGGAUCCAAGAGAUCCAGCAGCAGAUUGGCGAGGUGAACGAAAUCUUCAAGGAUCUUGCAGUUCUGGUUCAUGAUCAGGGCGUCAUGAUUGAUGACAUCGAGUCCAACGUCGAUGGUUCCCAUGCGGCAACUGCUCAGGCAAAAUCUCAACUCACGAAAGCAGCCAAAACUCAAAGAUCAAAUUCAUCUCUGGAGUGUUGGAUCAUGACUUUGUGUUCUCCUUGCUGUUGAUGGCUUUGCACAUUGAAAUAAAGAGAUGCGCAUGAACUUGGCAGCACCUUGCAUGAUGGCAUUGAUUGUCUGCAGGUAUUCAUUCGGCUCUUGUGAUGAUUCAUACCACCUGCUGCAUUCUUUGGAAAUUGCACAUGUGGAAUUAUGUGUGACUAGAAUUAAACCAUCCAAAUCAUGGCCCUUACCAGAAGAUUGGUUAUAAACACGAGUAGAUGGGCUUGAUGAUCAUAACUUCUUGUUAGUGGACAUUUGUUUGUUGAGACGUCAGACUGCUGACUUUUCUUCUCUUCACCUUAACCGCCGUUGUGACGUCCACCAAUAGGUGAAGAACAAUCGGUUGAGUGAAUCUUUUGUUUAUGACCCAUCCAAAGUAAGGCCCACAAUUUGGACGGUAAUAUUUGGGUUGCAAGCAUUUCUGAGGGAUGCUUAUAUGGACUCUGUACAAGUUUCUCUCCACCUUUGGACUUCCAAAGGAAUUAUAGGAUCCCUGUGUAAGAGAUAUCCAGUGUAUGUCAUCAUCCAGUUUGUUUAGUUCCUACAAGUGGAUUCUUCCAUUUUGGGGAUCCGUAUUGUUAAUCUGAUGGCCCCCACCAUG